AUGGCAGUCUUUCAGAACAAAAAGUUCCGUUCAGCGGCCGAUGCCAACACCUUUGCGGCUCGGUACCGCGCGGCAAUGGCAAAGCAUCCUUUCCUGCUCUUUGGUCUUCCCUUCAUGUCCGUCAUCAUCGCAGGGUCUUUUGUCCUGACGCCUGCGACGGCCAUUCGAUACGAGAAGCACGAUAGGAAGGUCCGCCAGAUGACCCGCGACGAAGAACUGGGCGUCGGCAAGUCGGGACGCCGAGUCGAUAUGCGGGAGGAGUACUACAAACUUGCGGCGAAAGACCUCGACGACUGGGAGCAGAAGCGGGUGAAGCGGCUCGCUGGCGAAAGCGAUGGUGUGCUAUAA